AUGAGCACCUCAACGCCCAACAUGAUCACCAAGAACAUCCUGAUAUCGGGUGGCGCCCGGGGCAUCGGCCGCGCUCUCUCCCGCUACUUGCUCGAGGCCGGCCACAGUGUCUACAUCUUCGACAUCGACGCCGACGAGCUCAAGCACACAACCACUUCCCACCUGGCCUCCUACCACAACACGGGCAAGGUCCAAUCCGCCGUCUGCAACCUCCGCGACGUCAACGACAUCCGCUCUCGCGUCAAGGAAGCAGCAGACUGGUUCGACGGCCACCGCAUCGACGUGCUGAUCAACAACGGCGGUAUCGCCCACCCCUACUGGAAGGACGGCAAGUCGAUGGAAGACCCGGCCACCUUUGAGCAGUGGCAGGCCUACAUCGAGACGAACCUGACGGCGCCGUUUGCCGUGUCCCAGGCCUGCAUCUCCUACAUGAAGACCGAGAACCCGGACGAUGGCGACUCGGGCGCACAGAAACUGCAUGGUGCGGGCCCGUGUAUCAUCCACAUCGGCUCGUUCCGCGCGCACCAGAGCGACCCCAACCAGGAGGGUUACGCGUCCAGCAAGGCGGGCCAGCUGGGCCUGAUGCAUUCGAUGGCCAUUAGCCUCGGACCUCUGGGCAUCCGAGUGAACUUGAUUGCGCCCGGACGCAUCAAGGUCGCCCAUGAGAGUAAGGAGGGCGAUGAGCAGGGAACGAGCUGGCAGGGCCAGGUCAGCGAGAAGGACGUCGACGACCACCCUACCAAUCGAGCUGGUCGACCGAAGGACAUCGCGGAUGCAGCCAUGUAUCUGAUGGAGGCUGGAUUCGUCACCGGACAAGAUAUUACCGUCGAUGGCGGUGCGCUGCGGAAGAAGUAA